AUGGCGCUUAGUGCUUUAACUCUAAGCUUGGCAACACUUGUUUGUUCUCUAUCAGUUUUCGUUUCACCUGGCAAAGGAAAUGUGUUAAUACGACCAGGUAAGUAAAACAGAUAAAGUGUUACAAAACUUCAUGCAUUCGUUACUGAUCAACCAAAUGAAACUAACAGUGGUGUUACUUCGAUGAGUUUACACUACUCCUUCACCUUGAACUGUUACUUAAUUUAACUAGCUGAGAAAAUGCAAACAGUUCCUGCUACAUUUACAGACUGGUGUUCUAACAACUUGUCUUGAGAUUUUGAUGGAAUGUAUGUUGCAGCGUGAAGCAGGACCUCAAGAAACUGUUUCGCAACAGGGCUAUAACAGGAUUUUCAUGGUGGUCAUGCAAACAUUGUAUAAAAAAGGAUGAACGCUUCUUCUUCUUUAAGGGUACUCCUGCAAAAAUUUGGAAAAUCUGAACCCUCAGAAAUGCAAUUUCCUGUAUUCUGAGUCACUUUUAUUGAUAAAAUGCACAACUUUCCAAUGUCACCGUCGUUUUUUCACUGUUUAGUAUGUCGCUGUCGCAUUUUAGCAGCGUAGGCAUGUCACUUCUCGCUUUUAAAAAUAGUGAAAGGGCUUUUUCUCCCCUUGAAAAUCAUCGUCUUGAUGGAAUGUAUGUUGCAGCGUGAAGCAGGACCUCAAGAAGCCGUAUACAAAGGGAUGCAAACAUUGUAUAAAAGUGGUACUAAUCGCUCCUGUUCGCUAAAGUUUUGAAAAUUUCGUGGAAACCUUACGUUCGCUAAGUUUUGAUUUCUGGAAACUACGUAUUUCAGCUUCAAACAGAGAAGGAAAACAUAUGUCUAGCUUGUUCCUGGCGUUCAAAUUGUAGAGCGCGGCAGUCAGAUGGUGGGGAGCGAAUUAAAUCGUACACGGGGAAAACGGGGCGGGGGGGGGGGAGGUGAAACGAGGGGAGAAUUUCUUUUUCUUCGUGAAUUUUACUCCCGCGCUCUACUAUCUGAUCGCCUGGAACAGGCUAAGAUAUUUCAUUUCAAAGCCUUUCCCUCAACUUUAUUGUUCAAUGAACAUACCGUAUGUUUCAUAGCUGAGCGACAGGAUUACCUAGAGAGCCGGGGUAGAGAGGAGAGAUCUAGAAAAGCCUUCUCCCUUUAAAAUCUCUCUCCCUGUUCCUAAGGAGGGCUUGAUAUUCAGGUUAAUUUGUGCACAGCAUAGCUGACAGCAAUAAAAUGGAGGAUACCAACUAAGAUAGAGAGCAAAGAAUCGGACGUGCAAACACGUAGGACGUUGUUCAGGUUCUGGAUUUUCGCCCGAAAGAAACAAUAGACAUACCUUUCAACAAAGCUGUAUGUGGGCGUCGAUUUAUCGAUCACUAUUUUUUUAACUAUCGCCAGUGCCAAAGUAAGAGCAAACAAUUAACUUUCUUUUCGUGAAAUACCUGAAAACCAAUCAAAGAACCAGGCGACAGUAGCGUGUCCCCAUUAAAUAUAUUCCCACCAGGAUUUCUUCCAUAAACUUGACUCCAGCGGUGUGAACUACAUUUGCAUGUUUCCACUGUCUCCCCCACCCAGACUGGAGAUCCGAUUAACUCUAAAUCAAAGCAUAAUUUGUAACCUUUCAAGUUCAUUAGCCUAGACAAUCAAACUUACAAAGAAUAACGUUUUGGUCCCCUCCAGAUUAAGCCGUUUAAGACAAAAAAGGCCUUAUUUCCAAAACCUCCCACGCAACCUCCUACAGUCGACUCCCGAUAACUCGAAGCUUCAAGGGAAAUCGAAAAAAGUUCGAGUUAUCUGGAGCUCGAAGAAAAUAGCCUAGAGUAAGGUAAAAAACAGUUCUUACUGCACAGUAAACAUUUUAAACACAUUUAGUUGUAGAAAUUUCAAGUGAAAAUUAAAAGAUACUUCUAGAUUAUAAACCAGAACGUAACGUAACUAAACAUAGCCUAAAUAGAGCAUGCGUUUUACUGUUUUGAGAAGUAAAGCUGCUUCACGUUAGCUUUUGACAAUCAACAUCAGCCUCUACUAUAAUCCUACAGCUCGUUAAUAGGAAAUCCAAAAUUCAAUGUUUCGGACACCAGUGGACGGCUUUUUCCCGACUUUUUAAGGGCUCAAAACAUUGUUCGAGUUAUCGAGGGUAAAAUUCUAUAGAAAAUGACCUGAGGGGAAACGAAAAUUGGUUCGAGUUAGCGGGAGUUCGAGUUAUCGAAGGUUCGAUUUACCGAGGGUAAAAUUACAGAUCCCGCAGUGAAAGUAUGACGGAAAUCCAGGAGAAAUCAGUUUUGGUUCGAGUUAGCGUGAGGUUCGAGUACCGAGGGUUCGAGUUCUCGGGAGUCGACUGCAAUUCCCCGAAGGAGGGAACAGUGGGACGAGGUUGCCUCCCACGCAGAUGCUUUUAGGGCCUUGGGCUUGUGGGAUCAGGCCACGUUUUUACCUUAUAUAGUCUUGCAAAAUAGUGCUAGUUUUUUUACCGGAGAGUGUUUUUAGUGUUCGUAGCAGAGGGCUAUUUUUAGGGCGAAAGAACGGAUUGCGAGGACUCGCUUGUCCGUACGUUCCCCUCGCGCGUUCUUCAAAAACUAAACAAAAAAAAUUACUGGCGCACACUAAUUGUUUUUUUUUCUGGAUUAUUAAUUAUUAGUAUUAACAUUAACUUGUCUUUCUCUUCCCAGUCCCUUCUUCUCCCUCAGAUGGGGCUCCGACGAAAACAGGUGAGUUCUCGUAAUUUUGAGGGGCGUGGUGCAUGAAGGGACGAUCUCUAUUGCGGACACCUUUUUCGUAGGGGAGGAUUAUCAGAGACGGGUGCCUUGAACUGUUAUAACUAGGAAAACCAAAUUAAGAUUAACCCUCGAAGAAAGCGCAUUUGUAGGCUAGACGUUCAUGUAAGUCUUGACUAACAUCGAGUAAAAACUAGCUUGAUGACAAAAGUUUCUGCUUUGAUUAUGACUAGUCGACGAAAAGGGGGAAAGGAAGGAACAGGAAGUCCCCCAAAACGCGAAAAAGUAAGAGAAAGGGCGCUAAAACCCUGGAUCACCUCCCUUGCUUAGACUGAGAAGAAAGUAAGCCAUGCACAAUGUACUUGUGGUUAACGUUUUUAAGUCUUUUUGAUUUUCGAGAAAAGAACGGCAAAACCCCAUACUCCGUUGCACUAAAGUGCAAGACAAUUCGACAGUUAGCGUUUCGAUUGAGAGUAUAUGACAGGAAAAGGUAAAUUUUACGAUAAUGUCUCUUUAAAAUGUCUAUGUUUGCUAACUUGAUAAAUUUCUUUCCCCAAAAGGCUUGUCAAGAAUCACUCCAGAAAGCGACGAGACACACAUUAAUCAAGGUGUGGCACUUGACCUACUUCUUCCUCUUGUUUCGCCCUCUAAUACCUAG